CCCCCCCCCCACCAUCCCCACCACUGGGUCCCAUCAAAACUUGAGACGCGCGCGGAGGUCGAAGUGAGAGCGGGAGAGGCGUGACGAGGUGAGGACGAGGUGAGAAGAAGGAGGAGCCAGGAUGCGCGUGGUGGUGAUUGGGCAGAGCCUGUUCGGCCUGGACGUGUACCGGGGCCUGCGCGAGGAUGGCCACGAGGUUGUGGGCGUGUUCACCAUCCCCGACACGGACGGGAGGCCAGACCCCCUUGGUGCGGCGGCCGAGGCGGACGCGGUGCCCGUCUUCAAGCCGCCGCGCUGGCGCCUCAAGGGGCAGCCCGUGGCGGCCCUGCUGGACACGUACCGCGGCCUGGGCGCCGAGCUCAACGUGCUGCCCUUCUGCUCGCAGUUCAUCCCCAUGGAGGUGAUCGACCACCCGCGGCACGGCUCCAUCAUCUACCACCCGUCGCUGCUGCCGCGGCACCGCGGGGCCUCCGCCAUCAACUGGACACUGAUCCACGGGGACGCGAGGGGCGGCUUCUCGGUGUUCUGGGCGGACGCGGGGCUGGACACGGGCCCCCUGCUGCUGCAGAGGGAGUGCGCCGUGCUGCCUGACGACACCGUCAGCUCCAUCUACAAGCGCUUCCUCUACCCGCAGGGGGUCACCGCCAUGGUGGAGGCAGUGCGAAUGAUCGCUGACGGCACGGCCCCCCGCAUCCUCCAGCCGGAGGAGGGGGCCACUUACGAGGGCAUCCAGAAGAAAGACAACGCGCAGGUGAACUGGGAUCAGCCGGCGCUCGCGAUUCACAACUGGAUCAGAGGCAACGAUAAAGUUCCCGGGGCGUGGACGUUGAUCGACGGAGAGCGCGUCUCCCUGUUCAGCUCCUCGCUCUUCGAGGGCCCGUCCCCCACGGGGCAGCCCCUACCCAUCGAGGGGGCAGCGCAACCCGGGGUCGUGACCCCACAGGGGCUGGUGCUGUUCGGCAAUGAUGGCAAAAUGCUCAGGGUGCAGGUGCUGCAGCUGGAGAGCGGGAAGACAAUCCCCGCCUCGGCCUACUUCUCCCAGGGGGAUGCGCAGAGCCUGGAGCUCUCCGACAGCGAGAGGGACGUCGCCGAUAGAGUGCGGGCCGUGUGGAAGGGCAUCCUGAGCAACGUGGAUGAGGUGGUGGAUGCCACGGACUUCUUCAAGAGUGGAGCCGGCUCCAUGGACGUCGUGCGGUUGGUGGAGGAGGUGAGGAUGCUGUGCAGCGAGGUGGUGCUGCAGAACGAGGAGGUGUACAUGGCGAGCUCCUUCGCCGAGUUCAUCCAGAUGGUCGUGCGCAAGAUGCGCGGGGAGGGCGGCACGGGGGACAUCGUCGUGGACCACGUGGUGCUGGAGGUGAACGCGAUGACCGUGAGAAUCCCGCACCAGGGAUUCAUCGGGGGGGAGUUCGUGGACGCGGCCGAGGGGGCGACCUACGAGACGGUGAACCCGGCCACGGGAACGGCCAUCUGCUCCGUGUCUCUGUGCACGGCCCCUGAUGUGGACCGCGCCGUCGCGGCCGCCAAGGAGGCGUUCGAGCGCGGGGAGUGGAGCCGCAUGAACGCACGCGACCGCGGGAACCUCAUGUACAGGCUGGCGGACCUGAUGGAGCAGCACCAGGAGGAGCUGGCCACGAUCGAGUCGCUGGACUCGGGCGCCGUGUUCACGCUCGCGCUCAAGACGCACGUGGGGAUGUCCAUCCAGACGUUCCGCUACUUCGCAGGCUGGUGCGACAAGAUCCAGGGCUCCACCAUCCCCAUCAACCACGCACGACCCAACCGCAACUUGACCUUCACGAAGCGCGAGCCACUCGGGGUGUGUGCUAUCGUCAUCCCCUGGAACUACCCACUCAUGAUGCUGUCGUGGAAACUUGCCGCGUGCCUCGCCGCCGGCAACACGGCCGUGGUGAAACCGGCGCAGGUGACUCCGCUCAGCGCGCUUAAGUUUGCGGAGCUCGUAGCAAAGGCCGGAUUCCCCAAGGGAGUCAUCAACAUCCUCCCUGGCCCGGGCUCAGUGGUGGGCCAGCGGCUGUCGGAGCACCCGGAUGUACGGAAGCUCGGGUUUACGGGCUCCACCGACGUCGGCAAGCAGAUCAUGAAGAGCUGUGCCACGGUCAAUCUGAAGAAAGUGUCUCUGGAGCUGGGUGGCAAGUCCCCCCUCAUCAUCUUCAACGACUGUGACCUGGACAAGGCGAUCCGCAUGGGCAUGAGUGCCGUGUUCUUUAACAAGGGGGAGAACUGUAUCGCCGCGGGGCGGCUGUUUCUGGAGGACGGGAUCCACGACACGUUCGUCACCAGAGUGGUGGAGGAAGUGCGCAAGAUGAAGGUGGGAGACCCCCUGGACCGCAGCACGGACCAUGGCCCCCAGAACCACGCCUCGCAUCUCAGGAAGCUACUCGAGUUCUGCGAGCGCGGCCGAAAAGAGGGGGCCAAGCUCAUGUGUGGUGGGGGGCAGGUGAAGCGGCCAGGGUUCUUCAUGGAGCCCACGGUGUUUAUCGACGUGCAGGACCACAUGUUCAUCGCCCAGGAGGAGUCGUUCGGCCCCAUCAUGAUCAUUUCCAGAUUCCCCAGCGGGGACGACGAUGCCGUGUUGCGGCGUGCCAACGCCACGGAGUUUGGGUUGGCGUCGGGCGUGUUCACACGCGACGUGGGGCGAGCGCUGCGUGUGAGCGAGGCGCUCAACGCCGGCACCGUCUUCAUCAACACCUACAACAAGACGGACGUAGCGGCGCCCUUUGGGGGCUUCAAGCAGUCGGGCUUCGGCAAGGACCUGGGCGAGGAAGCUCUCAAUGAGUAUCUGCGCACCAAGUGUGUGACUGUAGAGUAUUGAGCAGCAACACCUCGUCAACCUCACCUCGUCACACCUCGUCACACUCACCUCGUCACACCCACCUCAUCACACUCACCUCGUCACACUCACCUCGUCACACUCACCUCGUCACACUCACCUCGUCAACCUCACCUCGUCACACUCACCUCGUCACACUCACCUCGUCACACUCACCUCAUCACACUCACCUCGUCACACUCACCUCGUCAACCUCACCUCGUCACACUCACCUCAUCACACUCACCUCGUCACACUCACCUCGUCACACUCACCUCGUCACACUCACCUCGUCACACUCACCUCGUCACACCUCGUCACACUCACCUCGUCCUUAACACCUCAUCACACACCUCGUCACACUCACCUCGUCACACCCACCUCGUCACACUCACCUCGUCACACUCACCUCGUCACACUCACCACGUCACACUCACCUCGUCACACCUCGUCACGCUACGGGGUCUGUGAUUGUCACUCACCACGCACCUCUCAUGAACCUGAACACUCACCCCAUGACCCAUAUAUUAUUAUUGUUACUAUAUGCAGGGUGCUUCAAAACAAUGUUUUUAACACUUCUGAGAAUUGACAACAAACAAGAUCACGAGACACGUGCUGCCUCCGGGACUCUGGAGACCACCUGGAGAAGAUCCCAGGCGCGUGUUGACAACGAUGGCGAACAAGUGGAGACUCUAACAUUUUGAAGCUAUGAACAUUUGUUAUCACGCUACAGUUCAUUGUCCGUUCUUUUUUAAAAUCCUUUAUAUUAAGUUCACUUGCUUGCUUGCUUGCGCGCUUACGACCGUGCAAAUCUUUCGGUCGUUUUUUAACCCACUCCCCGUGAUCCAAUCGAGCUGACAUUUUGCACACAGACUCGUUGUGCGUGACAAUUUAUUUUCGUAAAUUUUUUUUUCCAUAACUUUACACUUUUUAGGAAUUUUUAAAAAUAUUUAAUUACCAAUUGCUUAAUGGUGGCAGGCAAUCAUCUGACCCAUAGGUGGCAGCCAUCUCAAGCCAGAGGACGAGAGGACUCUAGCCGCCACGCAUAUAAAGGAUUUAUAGUGAAAAACUUUGGUUUUUACGAGUUAAUUUUUCCCCUAUAAAAACGAUAGUCCCGUGUGAGUGUGAACAUUUUUUUGAAGCACCCUGCAUAUCAGCCACACUUCUCAUCACACGUAAUUAGCCAAUGACGCACCUCUGCAAAACCUCAUCACCCACACCCCUGCCAAUGCCACCUCUUCGGAGAGCGAAUAUCGUUCAUCGUCCUCCCCCCCCACUUGGAACAGCGACCCUUUCUCGAGCUCUCCCGCACCGCGUCACCCACCGCGUCGCCCGCACCACGCCACCGCUGAUCCGUGACCAAUUAAAAAACAAUCAAGGCCCCCCC